CCCCUUUUCACGUACAUCCACCAUCUCUCUACAUUUCCAUCCAACAUUCUCGAAAUGGCGGUGAUCUCUGAUGCACCUCAUUCGGCUUUAUUAGCCUCAAAGCACAUCUUACCCGCUCUCAAAGCAUUCUGGCCAACGUUUCAAGAACAUUUUGCAAAGCAUGGCGGUUAUCUCUCCCUUGAAGCAGCAAAAUUAUACUAUGCACGAGUUGAUCCAUUGCAUACAGCAAUUUGGAUCUGUGCAUUUUUCUCAACGUUUGUGUAUAUCACACAACAAAUCACAGGAAAUGCAAGUCAAGUUGAUCGUUUAUGGACUUUCUUACCUGUGAUUUAUACCAUCCAUUUCACCUUUCAACAAUCUUUGGCUGGCUUUUUGGAUCCACCAAAACUUGCAGGCUUGUUCUCUUCAACUACAAACGCAAAAGCUGACGCUCAUCAAAUCGUCCCUCGUUUGGCUUUGAUCUUGUUUUUGCAAGUUUUGUGGAGCGGUCGUUUAACAUUCCAUGCCAUCCGUCGUGGAUUCUUCAAAAAAGGUGAAGAAGAUUACCGUUGGCCAGUGUUGCGUGAAAAGUUGCCAAAAUGGGCGUGGGAAUUGUUCGCUUUGUUCUUCAUCGCGAUUGCACAAAACAUCCUCUUGGCUUUGACCGCUUUGCCUCAAUACAUGAUCCUUACGUCCACAUGGUCCACACUUAACAAGCCUGCCCAUCCAGCCGAUCAAUUGAACAAAUGGGACUUCCUCGUUGCUGCUCUGACUAUCCUCAACCUUUCGCUGGAGAUGUUGUCUGAUCAACAACAAUGGACGUAUCAAAACUACAAAAGAGGCAAGGAUGCUUCUUUGAACGAUUUCCCACCAGCAAAGUUGAAGAUGCUAAAAGAAGAAGCUGAUGUUAAACGUGGAUUCUUGACAAAAGGAUUAUGGAGAUACAGUCGUCAUCCAAACUUCUUCUGCGAACAAAUCAAUUGGUGGUUGUUUUGGUCAUAUGUCGUGAUCACUUUCACGCCUGCAAACGGACCUGUGCCUUGGUCAACUUUCCUGAAAAGUUAUGCUACCUUGAGUCCUGUUUUGAUGAACUUGCUCUUUGUCUCUUCUACGGCAUUCACUGAAGAAAUUACUGGCAGCAAAUACCCAGCCUACAAAGCUUAUCAAAAGCGUGUGGGUAUGUUCUUGCCUGUUGAUACUUUGGUUCGUGCACUGUAUUAUCGUUUCAUUGCCAGCGCAGAUACCCGCAAACGAGUCGAGGAUGAUGUUUGGGGCAAUGGUCCAUCCAUCAAGUCAAAGUAGACUUGACUCACCAAUGACCUUCUGGUUAUACCACAAUUCCGUACUGUUUAUAGACACAAAGAUACCGAAAUGAUUCAGAUCAAUGCAAUAUAUAUUCUAUUCUAC